UAUAUUAUAAGUGUUCAAGUCAGUUGCUUUGGUUCUGACUAGUUUAGUGGCAGGCAAAACCAGCAGUCUUCCUCUUUCUUCAUUUCUCUGAGCUCUAGGGCUUUUGAGACGUUGACCCUUGGACCUCCUGUAGUGAGUUUUGUCGUGGGUUUCAGAAGCAUUUUUAUUUUAAGUUACCUCUAUUGUGAAACUACAUGUCGUUAUUAACAAAUGUCUCAAACGACAUAGCCCAUUGGAAAUGCCCGCAUUUCGAAAUGGAAACUAAUGUGGGCGCAUCUGCGCAUGAACAUAAGCGUUCUUUUCACUAGAAUGGUGCGAGCUGAGAAAGCAUUUUGAUUCAAAGUUGUAUGUUCCAAUACUUCUGAGGAUGAGACUCCUCCUCAACAGACUAGUCGAGUGACAAUCUAUGAACGUCGUACCCAUAUGGACUUGAAGCAUGUCGCGGCAGCUAUACGCCAUUGUGGGCGAGCUCAAAUGCCGAAACAUGGAAAAUCAUUUCACUCUCGUCUUAUUAAAACUGCAUACUCUCAUAAUGUAUAUAUGGCCAGCAAUUUGAUAUCGAUGUAUGUUGAUUGCUACUUUCUGGAGGAUGCGCAUAAAGUGUUCGAUGAAAUACCCGAUAAAAAUAUCAUUAAUUGGACCACAAUGGUCUCUGCGUAUACUAGCAGCGGAAAACCUCACGAUGCCAUUAAACUAUACAUCCAGAUGUUAGAUUCUAAAGCCGAGGUGCCCAAUGGAUUCAUGUAUUCUGUGGUUUUAAAAGCUUGUGGUCUUGUGGGCAAUAUUGAACUGGGUAAACUAAUUCACAAGAGAAUUUCUAGAGAAAAUUUUGAUAAUGACAUAGUUUUAAUGAACACCCUUUUGGAUAUGUAUGUUAAAUGUGGCAGUUUGGAUGAAGCAAGGAAAGUUUUUGAUGGAAUUUGUCUGGGUGCAAAUUCGGUUACAUGGAAUACGAUCAUUUCAGGGUAUUGUAAGGAAGGGCUAAUGAAGGAGGCGUUGCAUUUGUUUAAUCAAAUGCCAGAGCCAAAUGCUGUUUCCUGGAAUAGCAUUCUUGCUGGAUUUGCGGAUAACAGGAGUUUUGGUGCGUUAGAGUUUGUCUGCAGGAUGCACCACCAAGGGCUUAAGCUUGAUGAUUUCACGUUUCCCUGCGCUCUCAAGUCAUGCAGUUAUGAUGGUUCCUUAUCAAUGGGGAGGCAGAUUCAUUGUUAUGUCAUAAAGUCAGGUUUUGCAUCUAGCUGUUUCACCAUGUCAGCACUGGUUGAUAUGUACUCACAUUGCUAUCAGUUAAAUGAAGCAAUAGAGCUAUUUGAUCAGUACUCAGGUGGCAACAGUUUAAUUUCUGAUAGCUUGGUGCUUUGGAAUUCUAUGAUCUCUGGAUGUGUUGUCAAUGGACAAAACAAGACAGCUCUAAGUAUGCUUUCAAAAAUCUAUCUUUCAGGUGCUUAUUUUGAUUCUUAUACUCUCAGUAGUGCUUUGAAGGUCUGCAUUAACUUGCUUAACUUAAGACUGGGGAUUCAAGUGCACGGUUUGGUUGUUAUCAGUGGGUAUGAGUUUGAUUAUGUUGUUGGAAGUGUCCUUGUAUAUCUCUAUGCAAAACUCGGAAAUGUUAAGGAUGCUUUUGGACUGUUUCACAGGCUUCCAAAGAAAGAUAUUGUGGCUUGGUCUGGUUUAAUUAUGGGGAGUGCCGAGAUGGGAUUAAACUCGUUGGGUUUUUCAUUGUUCAGAGAUAUGGUUAAUUUGGACCUUGAAGUUGAUCAAUAUGUUAUUUCCUGUGUUCUGAAAAUUUGUUCAAGUUUAGCAUCUCUUGGAAGUGGCAAACAGGUUCAUGCUUUGUGUAUUAAGAAUGGAUAUGAAACCGAAGGGGUUACUGUUACAGCUCUAAUUGAUAUGUACUCAAAAUGUGGUGAAAUUGAGGAUGGCAUAACUUUAUUUGAUUCUGUUCUUGAUGGGGAUGUUGUAUGUUGGACAGGGAUCGUUGUGGGGUGUGGGCAGAAUGGAAGAGCUAAGGAAGCUGUUGAAUUUUACAAAAAGAUGGUACAAAUAGGGUUAAAGCCAAAUGAAGUGACCUUUCUCGGUGUCCUUACUGCCUGCAGGCAUGCUGGUCUCGUUGAGGAGGCAUGGAACAUAUUUAAGUCCAUGAAGUUUAAUUUUGGACUUGAGCCUCAUAUGGAACAUUAUUACUGCAUGGUUGAACUUCUUGGCCAAGCUGGGUGGUUCAACGAGGCAGUGAAAUUGAUUGCUGAGAUGCCAUUUAGGCCUGAUAAAACUAUAUGGAGCUCCUUGCUUGGGGCAUGUGGAACUCAUGGGAAUACUGAAUUGGUUAGUACCAUUGAAGAAAACCUCCUUGCUACCUCCCCAGAUGAUCCUUCAGUGUAUGUCACGCUUUCAAAUACUUUUGCAACGUUGGGAAUGUGGGAUAAUCUUAGCAAAGUGAGGGAAGCGGCUAAAAAAUUGGGCAUAAAGAAAGCUGGAAAGAGCUGGAUUGAGAUUUCCAGUUAGAUAUAUGCUUUGUGUUUCCUGGUCCAAGCUAGUCGUGUCCAAAGUUCCUGUGAUGUAAACUUGAGUAAAUUACCUGGGUAAACAACUGAAUCACGUUGCUUACACCCGGAGAUCUGGAUACAUCACAACAUGUCACGUAUAUGACAAUCAGAAUGUUUCCAUAAGGAAACCCUUGAUGGAAAAGCUUGGAACUAUUAUGAAUUCAGGUUACAGGUGUGCUGAAUUGCACAUGUACUUUGAUGCAUGACACACCAACAACAGUUGUUGGCUGUUCCAGCAUACUGAUAAAUUUCCUAAGACAAGGCGAGUUAGAGCACAUGGAAAAAGGAAGAACAACAAGAUAUCUGAGGCGAUUAUGGCAUGAAAGCUAGUUUAAGACUUGCAAAUGUUACCACAGGAGAAAGAAUGGAAUGGUCCUUGCUCCUUAGCUUGGUCCAGCCGUUUGACCCAGACCUGACAUAUACAUGAGCAAGUACCUGAUCAUGGGUGGGUUCCAGCGGAUUCAGACCAGAGAGCCCCACUUGACCACUUUGUCACAGUUGAUGCAAAGCUUCGACCCCUUGUCCUAUUUUCAGGUUUCACGAAGAUCUCUCCACAUUCAGGGCAAGAACAAAUGCUACUUCUCAAAGAGGGGUCUCUGGUGAAUCCAAUAACAGGAUCCACCACCAUUCUACACUCAUAGCAGCCAGAUAAUCUCCUGAAUGGC